GCAGGAGCGAGUGCUUUAAAGCAGUGCAUGACCGCGGUGCGCCUGGCGCUUGUAGUAAAAAAAACAAGACAUGCGGUAACUUCUGCCACCGCCGCUACGUUGCCUCUUCCUUGGAGGUUUGAGUCGUAAAACGUAGAGACAGGGCGACCUCUUCACCGCAUUUCUAUCCGAGCCCCGGUGACCCCCGAGAGGAGAGGGAGUUGCCUGCUUCAGUGACCAACACCCGCAACAUCCAUGCGCGUCGAAAAACAGGUGUACGGUUUCAUCACAAGGACACCGCACUAGCUUCCGCUGUAGCUCGCUGUGUUUGAGUGUGUGUACUUGAGUCAUUACUCAUGGAAGAAGCUGCUUAUCUGACGAUAUGUUGCGGAUUUAGUCGAGUGAAGCAGCUGUCGUUUUAAGGCAUCAAACGGGGUAAGAUCUGGGAAUACAGCUUGACCCGGGAGGAGAGACUUAUCCUGAGUGGAGGGUAGAAGACGAAAUAAUAUAUCAGAGUACAAGAAGAGACAGAGGGAGGAAAAGCACUUUGGCUCACUUCUCACCUAUACCUGACUCUUCAUAGCAAGUCUCCAGUCUUUUGGUUUUAUGACGGAAAGUGUGUCCCCCUGCAGUAGACCAGUAAGAAGUCCUCUUCAAUAUGAAUACAGAUAGCGGAGGAUGCUCUCGCAAAAGCUCGCACAUGCUCUCUCCCAUGAAGAGGGUCCAGAGCUCUCCAAAUCUAGGCUCAGAGAGUGAGUGUCACUUGUCAGACUUGGAUUCUUGGCGGUCCCGAAGUGUAACAGAUGGCCUUAAGAAUGGAGACGCCAGCAACUCGUCUCUAGCUGCCAAAGGCUUCCGCAGUGUCAGACCCAACCUGCAGGACAAAAAGUCUCCAACACAGGAUAAUGAUAAUGAUCACGUUCCAUUGCCUCCCCCAAGAAAAGAGAGUUUACACUUCUCCCCCACUGGCACUAAUCCGCCAGACUAUCACUCCGCUGUUGCCCUGCCUGAUGACUUCAGCACUGGAAUGCUUACAUUUAAGCACAAUGAGAAAGCAGUUUUAAAAGAGUCCUUCACUAUUAAUACCACAUCCUCUUAUUCUUACUCAGAGACCAAUGCAAACUCAAUCCAACAGUCACAACAGUCCACUGUAGCACAUGAGGUUACAAACGGUAGUGCAUCUGUCACCACUAACACACAGGCCCAGGAGCGUAAGGUGUCUUCCCUCAGAAUAACCCCUGUCACCUUCGCUGACCCCCCAGCUCACCUCAACUCUCACCUUGACCCCCAACCUAAAACCCAGCCCACAGGUUCCCCUCCACCUACUUCCCCACCACCUAAAACGGAUCCUACCCUAACACCAGCAGCAUCGCUCUCUGUCCACACCGACUCUGAGGAUCUGAAGCAUCCGGAGCCUCCAAACAACACAGCAGAGCCCAGGGUCACAGAUCAAGCCCCAAAUCAAACCCUGAGUCCAUCUCCAUCCCAGGUGGAGAUAACGAAGACGCCUCCUGCCGUUCCACCAAGACCUUCUCCUGCAGAACUGUUGGGGCCUCCCUCCCCUGACCCCACAGCCCGGCACUCCCCCUAUCGCUGCCACAGCUCAGAGUCACUGGACUACCUGCCAGGCCUAAUGCCCAAGGCUCUGUCCCCCAGCCCGUAUGUUGCUAGUGGAGCGGGUGCAGCCAGCAGGCCGAGCCUCCCAUUGGUCAGCGGUAUGAUCGGCGGGGGCUGCGCGUCGCCCUCGGCUUCCCCCUUGACGGUGUCAGCUCUCAGCCACUACUCGUCGUCCACGGCGGGUCUGCUGGACGAGCUGCAGAUCUGUAGCCUGGACUCCCCCGGUGCCUCCCCCACGCCAUCGCCCACGCUCAGCCUUGUCUCCACCUACACAUCCACUGCUGGCCCUGAUGAUGUGCUAACAGCCUUUGUGGCCUCCUCCACUACUGCAGCAGACGCUGUUACUAAUGGCCAGGUCCUCUCUUAUGCUAUGAAUGGAAGUGCUCCUCAGAGGCCCAUGUCUCCUCCAUCUUAUCCCCCUCCCCCCACCUCCUUCCACACUGGGCUCCAGAGACAGAGCAGGAGUUCAGAGGGCAGCGAGUCAUUUCACAGGGAGUCUGUGGUGCUGGGCCACACCAGUGUCAGCAGCAUGGUGCCCAUCGCCCGCUUCACAGAAGAGGAGAAAAAGGUGUCCGUUAUUAAAGCCCCUCAUUAUGAAGGCAUCGGCCCUGUGGACGACUCUGGCAUCCCUAUCGCCAUCCGCACGACGGUGGAUAGGCCGAAGGAUUGGUACAAAACUAUGUUCAAACAGAUCCACAAGGUUCACAAAGCAGAUGAUGACUAUUCUGACACGUACAAUGCAACAUACGCGGUCAUAAACAAUGAUGACUACAGCCUGUCGUCCGGCACCACCAUGGCCCACCCCGCUCCCCGAACACACACGUACAGGCCACUCGCCAAAAGCCCCUCGGACAAUGGAGGGCAUCUGGGUCCUCGGGAGCCCUCGCCAUCCCCUGUACCCCCCCCACCUCCAUCCAUGCCAUCCCUCCUCCAACUGAGGGCCAGAGACAGUGACCGUGAGAGAGACUCGCCCGACACGAAUCAGUGGGGUCCUCCCGACAGGAAAGUGGAUACUCGAAAGUACCGUGCAGAGCCUAAGAGUAUUUUUGAAUACGAGCCUGGGAAGUCCUCCAUUCUGGAUCAUGAAAGACCAAACUAUGAUGACAUAGAUUUAGAGAACGAGCCUUGGUAUAAGUUCUUUUCCGAGCUGGAGUUUGGGCGGCCGCCUCCUAAAAAAAGGCUGGAUUAUAAUCCAGACAUCUCCGCUCGCCAACGCAUUGAGACAUCCCUGCAUAUUCCUCCUGCUGACAAGGCUCCAGAGAGACCUGCGAGUGCUGCCAGCGACUACAGGAAGAGAAGGAAGUCUGAGCCGUCCAGUUCCCAAGUGAAUGCCCAGUCUCACAACAGAGCUGUAACCUCCCCUAAACCAGUGGAUGCCUACAGACCGAGCAGCAGCCUAAAGAAGCCUGUGGUUCGUUCCUCACCAGCCUCACCCGCCAGAGCCAAAGACCAGGAUGUAUCCAGGUGUUAUUCUACCAUGGAUGGACGCCACACACCCCAGAGUAGAAGACCUACUCCUGAUAGAGAGAAACAGCCUGCAAGAGCCAUUUAUGAUUUUAAGGCACAAACAGCUAAGGAGCUGACAUUUAAGAAGGGUGAUGCAGUGAACAUCAUCCGACAGAUUGACAACAACUGGUAUGAAGGAGAGCACCGCGGUCGGGUGGGGAUAUUACCCAUAUCAUAUGUAGAAAAGAUGCCAUCCUCAGAGAAGCAGCAGCCGAUCCGUCCUCCUCCACCAGCACACGUCAGAGAGAUCGGAGAGGCAAUAGCUCGCUACAACUUUAAUGCUGAUACUAACGUGGAGAUGUCUCUCAGAAAGGGUGAGAGAGUAAUUGUGAUAAGGCAGGUGGACGGGAACUGGUACGAGGGGAGGAUCCCAGACACAACCAAACAGGGCAUCUUUCCUGUGUCGUAUGUUAACAUCAUCAAGCGCUCCCCGUCCAAGAGCUCCGCCCACCACAUAGACCCACAUGGUUACCCUGGCAACAGGACACCCAGCUCUACACCUACCAAGCGAUUAGUACAGGAUGCACUGCAUGGUGGAGGAGACCCGUACCAGACCGUGUACAACUACAUGCCUCGCAACGAGGAUGAGCUGGAGCUGAAGGAGGGGGACGUUGUAGACGUGAUGGAGAAAUGUGAUGAUGGCUGGUUUGUUGGGACCUCGCGAAGGAGCAAGUUGUUUGGAACCUUCCCAGGAAACUACGUGAAGCAGCUAUAAUGAUGAUUCCAGACUCCGCCCCUGGCUCCGCCCCUUCCUGUGACACUUCAGCGCCCUCAGCACAGCACCCGCAGGACACCACCUCCCAACACCGGCCCCACCGAGGCCUGUGGCACAUUUAUGUGUUUGCGUGUACGCGUGGCUCGUCAGCUGCGCACAGACGGAACAUUUAGCUCUAACUAGCCAUGUUUAAUGGAAAACUUCUAUAAAAUAAUAUUGUUUUUUUUAUCUUAUCUUUUUAUCCUUAUUUUUCUAUGAUGGAGAACCCAAACUUUUUGCUCCAGUCAGUGACCUUUAACUUUUGAUGGAAAGAUAUCGAAGGAACUUUGCAAACAGUCAUUGAAAGGAAACGGCACCGCGUGAUGCUUCUGUAAGAUCACCACACACCACCUUUUUUCAUUUUUCUGCAGUAUGUCAAACCUAAAAACACUCGUUACAUUUCACUUCAGUGUUCAUUUACAAAUACCCCCAAAGACAUUCAGUGCAUUGUGUUGUAUAAACAGUAUUCUGUCGACAGGUCUGUUGUAUACAAACUGUGUUGAAGGGAUUGCAGCCAGUGUUUCAGGUAAAAGGAUGUUACUCUCCACACUGACAUGUGGAAAAGUGUGCAUGUUAGGCAUCGCUCAAUGUAAUGAUUGGUUGAUAAGAAUUUAAGAAUAUGAAAGACUGUCAAUUAUCAAUAUUAAGCAAUCAUUUCAAAAUCUUCAAAUGAGGAAGUGCGAAAAUAUCAUUGGCUCUGUUGCACAUGCUGUCUAAACCUAAUACAUUAGAUUAAAAGUAUAACAUUAGGAAACACGAAAAAUAUUUUCGACAUCUUCACACUAGGAUUAAUGCACUUUAAGGACAUUUUAACCCCAUUUUGUGUUUGUUUUAUCUAAAGUUUCACUUCAGAAUUCCCACACUACACUUUAAUAUGUGUAUUGGGCCUCGGGCUGGAUUGGACAUGUUUUGAAAAGUGUAUGCAAAAAGGUUACCAACGUUUUAGGUAUUAUAUUUAUUAGAGGGCAAUUGUUGGUCAAAAUGUGUAUUAACACCAUUUGAGAAAGGAUGGAACAACAUGAUUUCCUAACAAAUGUCAACAGCAGGAAACCCUCAUUUGAAGGCAUGGCAUUUUCUUGUAAGGUAUCUGCCAGGAUAGGUGCUGAGUUACAAGUAACACACAAGUUCAUGGGCUAUAAUCAUGCCAGGUGUAAUGAUGUUUUAUGAAUUAUUUAAGUCAGAUGAAGGAUGAGAUAGCAUUUUAUCAAAGACUUCAGUCAUGUUACUGCAGUUUUGUUUUUUAACCCUGUUGUAAGAGUGAAUGAGUCACUGUGUCAUGUACUUAUUUAAUAUAUCGGAGGUUUCGAUCUUAGCUUGUCAUGCUCAGUGAAUAUGUUUAUUCUCAUUUUACGUGUCGCAUAUAGGAUGGACACUGACAACAAAACAAUUGUUAAAGCACCUUAAGAUAUUAUUUUAUCAUUCAUUGUCCUUCACGUCACCCCCUGUCAUCCACUGUUUCAGCUGGUGUGAGAACACUGUGUGUGUGUGAGUGUGUGUGUCUGUGGUAUUUUUGUAAGCCUUUUGUAUGAGAGCUGUAAAAUGGCCAACAUCCACUUGCUUUAUAAAGUCAGCUUUUUUCUCACCCACCAUCAUAUUUGGUUUCUUCUUCUUCUUUCUUCACAUUAUUCAUCAGUGGUGCUAAUUUCCGAUUUGUAUUAUUGUAGCUCGGCAUGUAGGCCUUUUUCUCUCCAGUUAUUUGUUGCGGCAGUGACGUAUUUAAACUGAAGUUACUGUAGUUAGUGAGCAGAGUUGGGGAUUGCUGCCUUACGUCCAACUCACUAAUUUAAUAGCCAUGUAUACGUAAACCUCUUCCCAUGAUGCAAAAAAUUCAUUUAUGCAUAUGUAGUCUAGAAAACAUCAGGAAGUGUGCACAGAAUGAAACUACAGUGUUGAAACAUACAGUAAACCUCUAGUCUGCUUUGAUACAACACAGGAUCACAUUUGGACUAAAGACAUGAAUUUGAAAAUGUUUAUACAUGUAAUGAAAUUGUCAAUCUGAUAUGUUAUUCAUGUUAAUAUCAAAUACAAUGCACACUCUUGGACCUAAGUAUUUCUACAAUAUCUUAGCAUAUGUUGGAUCGUUUUUUGGGGCUGUAUUGCUAAUAAAAUCCAGCUGGUAGAU